AUGCAUCCCUCGAUUCUCGACACCAGUAUCAUCGACCUGCUCGAGGCCGACCCGCGACCCUCUGUUAUUGUCGCUCUAACCCCGCACCCGCCCACCGUCGUCUACACAAACCCGGCCUUCGCUGCCUAUCCAACCCUCCUCGACUUGAUCACCGCUAAGGGCGAAGAUUGCGGACCGCUAUGGGGAUGGAUCACAGGCACCUCGACCCUGCCGGGUUCCGAACCCCCCAUAAACGGUGGCCGGGCAGCGAGCGCAUCCUUCUCAUAUUCCAACGUCUACUGGACCCGGUCCGUGGUCCAUGAGCAGAUGGUAGUGGUGGGCGCAAAUGAGCAGCUCCCCUUGACACAAUCGCCGCGCAAGGUGCGGCUGGAUUUCACCGAUGGACAGCCCAGCGGCGUCUCACCACCACGACGCAUCAUGCCUGUCGAACUCGAAAUGACGUCCCUCGGCGGUUCAAACUCGGCUUCUUCUCUCUCCUUGCCCGAAAUCGAACCCCGCUCCAAAUCUACCUCGGCCCUCACGGUUAUCAACCCAAAGGAGAGGCCGCCAUCUCGUGCCGAGGCAGUUCAGUCCCUUGCGCGGACAAUCACCGACCCUGCGUGGAUAUUGCCCGACACCACCCCAGAACAACGCCCAUUCCUCGACGACAUAAACAGCAUCGACUGGGCAGAAACGCCCCUCGGACCCAUGCGGGGUUGGCAUAGGAAGCUUGACGAAACCGUCAACCAGAUCCUCGUUGACAGCCGGCCCAUCGCCAUCUACUGGGGCCCCUCGUACACCAUCGUGUACAACGAAGCCUUUAGCAAGCUUUGCGGAUCAAAACACCCUUCCAUGUUGGGUAUGCCGGUCCAAGAAGCCUGGGCUGACGCGGGCCAGCGUCUGAAGGACACCAUGCGCGGCAUCUCUUCGGAGCAAAAGGGCCCUGUCGAGGGCGAGUGGAGAUUCUUCGUCGAGAGGGAGUCAGAGGUCGAGGGCGGUUUACCAUGGGUUGAAGAGACCUACCUGAAGUGGUCCAUGAUACCCAUCAUCGAAAACAACGAAUGUCUUGGCUUCAUGCAUCCUGUGGCCGAGACAACCAGCGUGCGGCUCUGGGAGCGGCGGAUGAAGAUGCUCGCCGAGCUCAGUGACGUCCUGGUCACCGCGAGAGACGUCGAUAGCUAUUGGGAGAAGGCCAUACGGGAGCUGGCUGCCAUCGAGCCCCGUUACGAUAUUCCCCUGGCUGUCCUGUACACGGUGGAGAACGACCCUGAGGCGGCCACCGAUGCGCUGGCCGCCAGCCGCGGCCCCGCCAAGAUAUGCCGGCUUGCGGGAACGUUGGGGGUUCCUGACAACCACCCAUUCGCCCCCGCAACAACAAUCGACGGGACGCUGCCGCAAUCCCUGCUCGAGGGGUUACAAUGGCGAGGUUUUGAAGGGGACGCUUGCCGAGCUGCCGUGGUUUGCCCCAUCCGGCCGACCAAGGAGGACGGCGUCAUGGGGUUGCUCCUCCUCGGCCUCAACCCCAGACGCCCGUACGAUAACGAUUACCGGCAGUUUAUUUCUCUCCUGAGCCAGAAAUUGGCCACGUCUCUUGCCUCUAUCGUCUUGCUCGAGGAGGAGACGCGGAGGGGCCGGAAUGCCGCCGAGCAGGCUGCAUUCGACCAAGCCAUGCUCAAAGAAAAGCUAGAGUGGCAGACCAAGGAAGCCAACGAGUCGCUGCAGAUGUUCGAGGCCGUCGCCGAAUUCGUUCCCGUCGGCAUGAGCUUUGGCGAUCCCGAGGGCAACAUCACGUAUGCCAACGACGCCUGGUAUAAGAUCACCGGUUACCCAGGAACCGGGCCAGUCGCCAACCAGGGCUUCCUCGACUGCGUCAAGGAGCAGGACCACCAUAUUAUCAUUGCCGGAUACGGGAAGCUCAAGACGGUCCGCAACGUCGAGUUCGAGUUCCGCGUGAGGCGGCGGGGCGAGGAGGCCGACCCUUCACCGCCCCUAACCCGCACCUCGCCAAACUUCGAGGAGGAGGAGAUCGAUCUGGCCUCGCUUGUAGAUGUGAAAGAGCGCUACGUUCUAGCAAGUGCGAGGGCAGAAUAUGCCGCGGAUGGCAGUCUUAUGCGCGUCCUGACGUGCCUGACCGAUGUGACUCCCCAGAAGCGAGUGGCCGGCGAAGCCCUUCGUCGCGCACAACAAGCCGAAAACCUCAAGCGCAUGGCCGAGUUCGCCACCGUCGGCCUGUACGAUAUGGAUCUCGACGGACGCCUGCUCGGGGCGAACACCGUCUUCUUCGAGAUGUGUGGACUGCGAAAGGUCGACCCAGCCGUCGUCGACGUCAGGCCCUGGCAGAGUUGCGUCCAUAAGGAGGACUUCUCUCUACUCGCCGAGAAGCUCGAGAAGAUGGUGGCCGAAGACAAGGUGCAGAACGUUGAGGUCAGACUCAACACCACUUGGACCGCCGAGGACGGCUCGGGUCAUAAGGUUGCCGCGCCGCGGUGGGUCCAGGCGACUUUGCUACCCGUCAGGACGUCGGACGGCAAAAUUCAGAGCUUUACAGGUUGCCUAAGCGAUGUGUCAUUACAAAAGUGGCAACUCGACUGGGAAAAGGAGCGAAAGGAGGAAGCUAUUGAAUCCAAGCGGCAGCAGGAAAACUUUAUCGACAUGACUUCGCACGAGAUGCGGAACCCCCUGAGCGCAAUCAUCCACUGCGCGGAUGCCAUCACGGCCACCCUCUUCCGCGUUCAAGAGCUUCUCGGAGACAGCCCUUACGGCAGCAUUGCCGACUCUGCCAGCGGAGGCACCGGAGACUCGGGCGUGGGCGGAGCACCGCUGUUAAUCAAUGCAAGCGAAGAGUGGGCUGCCGAAGCCCGUGAGCUUGCCGAGAAUUGCAUCGACAAUGCCGAAACCAUCGUCACCUGCGCCCAGCACCAAAAGCGCAUCGUCGACGACAUCCUGACCAUGUCGAAGCUGGACUCGAGCCUGAUCUCCAUCACGAGGGUCAUGGUUGAUCCCAUCAAGAUGGUCAAGGAAGCGCUCAAGAUGUUCGAAGUCGAAGCCCGACGAGUUGAUAUCAACUUGAGCAUGGUUGUCGACCCCUGCUACCACGAUGUCGGGAUUAAGUAUCUCGUCUUUGACCCCUCGAGGCUCAAGCAGGUGUUGAUCAACCUCCUCACCAACGCGCUGAAAUUCACCAAGACUGGGCCGACCAGGAACGUCACCGUCGCCGUCAGCGCGAGCCUUACGGAGCCGACCGAGGCCAGCAGCAAGGUCUCGUUUAUCCCCCGCUCGGAGGAGUCGCUCGAGGAGAUUUACGACCAGCCGGCCCCCCUCAACCGCUCUAACCCCGUGUUUCUGAUGUUCGAGGUUGAGGACACCGGCGAAGGCCUGACGGAGGAGGAAAAGAAGAGCUUGUUUCAGCGCUUCGUCCAGGCGUCCAGCCGCACCCACGUCAAGUACGGCGGCUCCGGGCUUGGUCUCUUUAUUAGCCGCCGCCUCGCUGAACUACAGUAUGGUUCCAUUGGUGUUUCGAGCGAGCCCGGCGUCGGCAGUACUUUCGCAUUCUACAUCGAGGCCUACCGGCCAUCCGAAGAGGCCCUGCGCGAGGUGGCGGCAAGUGGGACAAUCGCCGAGUCUCUAUCGGCUCUGCGAAUGGAUGCCAGCCUCAGCAGAAGGGGCAGCAACAAGCGUGCUAUUAGCAGUAGCACGCUCACCAGCGAUGCUACUACUGCCACCGCAAAUCACGAGGGCACCUCGGGCGCCAGUCCUACAGCGACGGCCGCAGUCACCCCCAGCAGCGAGAUCAGCAUGAGCUCGGGCAUGGCGCCGCGAACCCCACAAAUCAAAGGUGUCCUGCCCUCGAUAAGCUCCGCCGAACGGACCGCUUCGCGCCACUCCACCCCAGGCGGCGCCUUUCCCUUCUCCGCCGACCCGUCGUCCCCCGGCAUCGGCAGCGGGCCGUCCUCCCCGCCACCGACGGGCGGCUCCACCGCGUCGCAGCAGCAGCCCUUCCCGCUGUCCAUGAUCCUAAUGGACAUCGAGAUGCCCGUCCAGGACGGCCUGACGUGCACGCGGCACAUCCGCGAGCUCGAGCGCACCGGCCGCAUUGUCGGUGGGCGCAUCCCCAUCAUCGCGGUCAGUGCCAACGCUCGCAUGGAGCAGAUCCUGGAGGCCAAGGAGGCGGGCUGUGAUGAUGUGCUGAGUGAAGCCGUAUCGCAUGCCGGAGCUGUUGGAGAGGAUGCGGGAAUGUGA